AUGGCACCUAAAAUGUAUGUGGUGGCUCUUGUUGGCUAUGGAUGUGUGAUUCAUUGGCCAUCGCUGACACUCUGUCAUCGCUCCUGUAUCGAAGAUAUACUUACUGUGAAAUGGGGAAAGGAGAAAUUUGAAGGUGUAGAAUUGAAUACUGAUGAACCUCCCAUGGUGUUCAAGGCUCAGCUUUUUGCAUUGACUGGAGUCCAGCCGGCCAGACAGAAAGUUAUGGUGAAAGGAGGAACAUUGAAGGAUGAUGAUUGGGGAAACAUCAAAAUAAAAAAUGGAAUGACUCUACUAAUGAUGGGGUCAGCAGAUGCUCUUCCUGAGGAACCCUCGGCUAAAACUGUUUUCGUAGAAGACAUGACGGAAGAACAGUUAGCAUCUGCCAUGGAAUUACCAUGUGGAUUGACAAACCUUGGUAACACUUGUUACAUGAAUGCUACAGUUCAGUGUAUUCGUUCUGUGCCUGAACUCAAAGAUGCCCUUAAAAGGUAUGCAGGUGCCUUGAGAGCUUCAGGGGAAACAGCUUCAGCGCAGUAUAUCACUGCAGCCCUUAGAGAUUUGUUUGAUUCCAUGGAUAAAACUUCUUCUAGUAUUCCACCUAUUAUUCUGCUGCAGUUUUUGCACAUGGCUUUUCCACAGUUUGCAGAGAAGGGUGAACAAGGACAGUAUCUUCAGCAGGAUGCUAAUGAAUGUUGGAUACAAAUGAUGAGAGUAUUGCAACAGAAACUGGAAGCCAUAGAGGAUGAUACUGUUAAAGAGACAGAUUCUUCAUCUGCAUCAGCGGUGACGCCUUCUAAAAAGAAAAGCUUAAUUGAUCAGUUCUUCGGAGUCGAGUUUGAAACUACCAUGAAAUGUACAGAAUCUGAAGAAGAAGAGGUCACUAAAGGGAAGGAAAAUCAGCUGCAGCUUAGCUGUUUUAUCAAUCAAGAAGUCAAGUAUCUUUUUACAGGACUUAAAUUGCGACUUCAGGAAGAAAUCACCAAACAAUCUCCAACAUUGCAAAGGAAUGCUUUGUACAUCAAAUCUUCCAAGAUCAGCCGGCUACCUGCUUACUUGACCAUUCAGAUGGUUCGGUUUUUUUACAAAGAGAAGGAAUCUGUGAAUGCUAAAGUUCUUAAGGAUGUUAAAUUUCCUCUUAUGUUGGAUGUGUACGAACUGUGUACACCGGAACUUCAAGAGAAAAUGAUUUCUUUUCGAUCAAAAUUCAAGGAUCUAGAAGAUAAAAAAGUAAAUCAGCAACCAAAGACAAGUGACAAAAAGAAUAGCCCCCAAAAGGAAGUUAAGUAUGAACCCUUUUCUUUUGCUGAUGACAUUGGCUCCAAUAACUGUGGCUACUAUGACUUACAAGCUGUGCUGACACACCAGGGAAGGUCUAGCUCUUCAGGCCAUUAUGUGUCUUGGGUGAAAAGGAAACAAGAUGAAUGGAUUAAGUUUGAUGACGACAAGGUCAGCAUCGUGACACCAGAGGAUAUCUUGCGGCUUUCUGGCGGUGGAGACUGGCACAUAGCGUAUGUUCUCCUCUAUGGGCCUCGCAGAGUUGAAAUAAUGGAAGAGGAAAGUGAACAGUAAUCUUCAUUUUAGCUAUUUAUGCUUAGGUGUGAAAUAAAUGUUAUUUGUUGAUCAUUUCUAUAACCCAGAGCUUUAGAGGAAGAUAUUUAGGUGGUUUUGUGUUUCCUCUCGUGGAACAAAACAGGGCGGAAGCAGACUGCUCCAUGUAUCAACCUAAAAUACUAUAGAAAAGAGAAAAUUGCCUUUGGACUGUGCUGUCCUGUGUAAAGGUGACAGGAAGACAUUUUUUAAAAGCUUAUUUCUUGGAUUAAUUUUUAAAUUGAGUUGAAUUGCCUUUUAACUAUGACCUUGUGUGAUCAUUUUUCUCCCUGCCUUUUUCAGCCCAAGGUUCAGCAGUCAGAUGUUUGUUGCACACCUGUUCCUCUAUUAUGUGUUGUUCUUGCAUGGUUCAAACUGCCGGUGAUUCAGUAGCUGCCCAUCCUUUGCCUUAUCUAACAAAAAUCUUGCCAGGAAGGUGGAAAGGAAGUAAGUGUUGAUCUCAUUGUGUAACUCAGUGCUGCUGUCCCCAUCCCAUGGAAACAUGGGUACAAUCAAGUAUUUGCCCAGCCUGGCUGUUGCUGGCUCCUCAUGAUGUAAAAAUAAAUUGUGAUCACUAAUAGUACAUUCGAUUAUACAUUUAUUACCGUGUCUCUGAUGUACUAUGGUCUGUACGUUUAACUUUGCAAUGGUUUUGUAGUAAUCAACCUUAAAAAAAAAUGUCGAGAAGCUCUGGUUGCUUAUUUUUAGAAAAUGAGGGUAUUUAAUAAUAAAAAAAAAAAAAGAGGGACUAACAGCUUUUGACCUCAAGUCUUUUGUCUAUUGAAUGUUGGAGCUUGGCUGAAGGUCAGAUAUGUUUAAUACUAUACAGUGUCUGCAGGUGGUUAGUUUAACUGCUGUUAAGCAUCAUUUAAAAAUGCUGUCUUUGCCUGCUAGCAUUAUGUUGUUUAAAAAGAGAUACAGCGUUGUAAAAGUAAUGGAGUUCUUUGGAUGCUGAAUGCAACCAUGUCAUCAGAACUGUUCCUUGGCUCAGCUGGGUGUUUCUGCUGCUCUUGUCAACUCCCAAAUUCUUAAUGUCUGUCUCAAAAUUUAAUAUUAGUGAUCUUUAACAGUGAUGGUAGAAAUACCAAGUGUAUGAGAUAUUUCAAUAUAUGGUACAUUUCUUACAUUUUAAUAUGGUCUAGUCAGUCCACUUUUGGGAGUCUUGAAAGGAUGGACUAUCAGCUCACUUAUCUGGUUUUCAUUGAGUUAGAUAUUUAUAAUAAAGUUUUGGGAUUAUCAUGAAAUCUCACCUUUGAUUAUGCAGUUUUAAUGCUCUAAGGAGCACAGCACUGGUAACUAUUAGAUUCCUAGAGAAUAAUGGUCAUUCUCCUCUCAAGUUUGAACAAUGUGACAUAAUCUGAGAACACUAGGGGAUAAAAAGCAUUUCAGGGAAACUUAUUUGUAAAUAUCUUCAGCUAAACUGUAAUAACUGGCAAUCAGUACUCCUUUUGCCUUGGGGAAGGGUGCAGAUUAGGGAGGAUGAGACUAAGAAUUGUAGUGAUCCUUUUAUGUAUUGGUAUGAUGCUUGUAAACUGGCGUAGUUUUUUAUCCACUGUCUUACUUGGUCUGAACCAUUUUGAGGACGUAAAUUUAGCAAUUAGAAUUCAGAUUUUCUAAUUUGGAGGACGCUGUAGCUACUAGAUCAGGUAGAGUUAGAACAAAGUAUACAAUAAACCUUGUAUGGAAGUAGAACUUUAAAUCUGUUAAUUCCUUAAUUGUGAUUACAAAAUACUUGACUUUGUUUUAUUUGAUCCAAAAAGGCAUAAUUCCAAAGAUUUUUUGAAGUGUAAGGAAUUGGACUUAUCUUUAACAGUUUAAAACACUAGUAUUAAGUCCAACUAAUACUAGUGUUUUAAACUGUUAAGGCUGGUUUAGAAUUCAGCCUUGCAUCUAAGAUCUUGUGAAAGGGGAGAAUAAGCAAGGAGAUGUCGGUUCCUGAGCGUGACUAGCACCGAGGCCCUGCCGCGGCCGGAGCUGUGCUGGGUCACUGCUGGACUGGCUA